AUGCUGGCUUGUGCGCUGAAGUUCCUCCUGUACUGCGAGGGCACGCGCUUCACGGAGAAGAAGCACCGCGUCAGCAUGGAGGUGGCCGCCUCCAAGGGGCUGCCCGCCCUCAAGUACCACCUGCUGCCUCGAACCAAGGGCUUCACCACGGCGGUCCAGUGCCUCCGGGGGACAGUCGCAGCCGUGUAUGACGUCACGCUGAAUUUCCGCGGAAACAAGAACCCGUCUUUGCUGGGGAUCCUCUACGGGAAGAAGUACGAGGCAGACAUGUGCGUGAGGAGAUUCCCUCUGGAAGAGAUCCCGCUGGAUGAAAAGGAAGCAGCUCAGUGGCUCCACAAACUGUACCAGGAGAAGGACGCGUUGCAGGAGAUGUAUAACCAGAAGGGCGUGUUUCCGGGAGAGCAGUUCAAACCUGCCAGAAGGCCGUGGACGCUUCUGAAUUUCCUCUUCUGGGCCACGGUCCUGCUGUCUCCUCUUUUCAGCUGUGUCUUCGGCGUCUUUGCGAGUGGUUCCCCCCUCCUGAUCCUGACGUUCCUGGGGUUUGUGGGGGCAGCUUCCUUUGGAGUCCGCCGGCUAAUAGGAGUAACUGAAAUAGAAAAAGGCUCUAGCUACGGAAACCAAGAAUUUAAGAAAAAGGAGUGA